AUGAGAAGAAAUGCCUAUGAAAGAACCAUGCAUACGCACCCUGCCGGGCCAUCUACCAUCCGUCAAGUCAACACACCUAGUGGAGAUGAAGUAAGCAGCUCAUCUCUUACGAAAGCACGUCCAGAUUUGCAGUUUGUUUCCGUCCCAGUCACCCCCAUCGGGGACGUCCAAGCACUUGUUACCAAACACCUUGAUUUGAGUGUUGGGACCGACACCUCCCGUCUCGGGAGCACCACCAUUCACCACGAUCCAAGUGGCAUUCUCCGAGUGGAAGUUGCCGCAAUCGGAAGCCACGACGGGGGCGCCGUCUCACGGCCUAGAGGAGUUUCGAUCUUACGGAGCACGGAGGAUACUACCGUGAUAGCCAAAAGAGAAAGGAUUGCGAAUUUCAUGGUUCCUGAGAGUCGAAGACUAAAGGCUCCUGCCGUGCGAGAGGAGAGAGGGGAGCAAUCUAGCUUGCACUGCCUGACGUUGUCAUCUUUUCGGCAUGGGCACGGCCCCUCCACAAGGGAUGGGCCUGGUUGGAUGCCGUCACCUGUUUGA